AUGCAGGCGCUGGAACAAGUAGCACUUCCGAUCGCGAGACCAAAACUUUGGAUACGAUACGUAGACGACACCUUCGUCAUCCUCAAACGUUCCAAAUUGGAGGAAACACACGAACUAAUCAACAGUGUGUUCGAUGGCACCCAAUUCACCAGGGAGGAAGAGAACAACGAGCACUUACCAUUCUUAGACGUUCUCAUACGACGGACUGGUGCUGAACGAUUGAAAACAACAGUCUACCGAAAAUCUACGCAUACGGACCAGAUCCUCAACUACGGAAGCAAUCAUCCGGCAGCCCACAAACGCAGCUGUGUACAAACCCUUUUCAAACGAGCACAAACCCAUUGUAGCACACCGCAGCUGAGACGGGCAGAAGAAGACUAUCUCUUCAAUCUGCUCAAGCGGAACUCGUACACAAAAGGCUUCAUCCUACGCUGCCUCGCAUCACAAAAGGUUGCUCGACACACCUCGACAAACGUAACAGCUGAAAAGAGAACAACUCUGCCCUAUGUCAACGGUAUCUCUGAAAUGGCAACGAGGCUAUUAUUGCCUUUUGAAGUCAAAGUUGCACACCAGCCAACGGAAAUCAUUCGCAGUAAACUCUUCAAAGUGAAUGAUAAACUUAGCAAAGAGGAAGAAACUGGUGUUAUUUAUAAGAUCUGCUGCCGGAACUGCGACAAAUACUACGUGGGACAGACUGGGAGAAAGCUUGGCACAAGGCUACACGAACACUGUCUAGCUGUACGUCGCCACGAUCAGAACUCCCUGAUGUCAGUGCAUAUGGAUGCUGAGAACCAUCAAUUCGACAUAGAGCAUGUCAGUAUCCCCGGAAGGCCUAAAAGCCGGCAAGCAUGUGAGUUCAUUGAAGUCCGGCAUUCAAAAUAG